CCGGCAUCUUCACCAAAUCACCACAGUCGUUCAGUUUGUAGCGUUCCUUUGCUGUAUUUUGUGUAUUCAAUGUCGUAUUUUCCAAGAAUUCGCAUAAAAAAUGGCUAGUGUUAAAGAAAUAAUGCGAUUAUGUAGACUGUGUUUAGUGAAGGAUGAGGUGAAUACACCCAUUUUCGAUGAGCAAGGUGAUAUUAGGCAAAUAUUCUUGAAAAUCUCGGCCUGUCUACCGGUCAAGGUUUCCCGAGAGGACAAUUUACCAAAAAACAUAUGCGACGGCUGCUCGAGCAAGCUGGAGUUGCUCUACCAGUUCUGGAACACCUCCGCGAACUCCGAGAAGAAGCUAAUCCAAUGGCUCGGCGCGGAGAGGUCCGAACGAAACGCACAACAUUCCAUGAUCGAUCCCGUCGUACUGAAGCAGGAGGUCGUCGAGGUGCCCGACGAACGCACCAGCCCCGAUCAUCUCGACGACCUGAACGUCUCCAACGACACCGACUAUCUGCAGCAGCAGUUGCCCUACGAGAAUGUCGAGUUCCAGUUCCAGCAGGACGACUACGACGACACGGGCACGGACGCCGUAGUCGAGUCGCCACCGGUGUCGCGUAAAAGACGGGCAGCGGCGAUACGCGCCAUGGCCAAAAUAGGAUCCGAGGAUGAGGCAAAUUCCGAGGAUGAGGGAAACCCCGACCUGCUGGAGCCCAAACUUGCUAAGAUCGAAGAGGAAAGCGAGGAGAGCGGCGGUGAGGAUCCGGAACCAACGGCGUUUGUUGGUCUACCUUCGGCGAACGAUAACGAUCAGCCCGGCCCGUCGGGUGUUGGCAAAUCGUCGGUUGAUUCACCAGCGCCGCCGAACCGGAAGAAGGCGAUUUCCGCUCGCUGGUCGAAUCGGUUACCGGAAAUAGACAUAAUUCCCGUCGAAAAAAAGGGGUACACGAUCGACUUCGACGCGAGCCGAAAGCUAACGAUGAUCGAGAUGGGUUACAAAAACCCCUUCACCUACGCGAACUGUUCGAGCAAGGCGAAGGCGAGACCGGCGCGGCACGUCGACGGUAACGCGCACAAGUGGACCUGCAUCAUUUGCAACGAAUCCCUCGCGGACAAGCGCACGUUAAUCGAGCACUACGAAGAUCACAAGAACGAGCUCGAAGGAGGUGCGCAAUCCCAGAUCAAGGUGGAGGACUACUUCAAGUGCGUGGUGUGCACUAGGGAGUUCACCUCGUCGAGAAGCUACGAGAAGCACCUCGAAAUUAAACAUGGCGAGAACAGGUACGCGUGCGAGCAGUGCAAUAAGACGUACAAGAACUCGUUUCAAUUGUGCCUUCAUAAUUUCAACGCCCACGCGACCGAUCAGAUUUACAAGUGCAUCGCCUGCGAUUUUGAGACGGCUAAUCGUUCGUCCUUGAAACUGCACAUCGACAACCACGAGGGGGACUAUAAGAAUCAGUGCGAUAUUUGCGACAAAAAGUUUAUCACGCACGAUUUGCUCGAGGAGCACAAGAAUUCGCACACGAGCGCGAUGCCGUUCCAAUGCGAGAUUUGCCCGAGAAGCUUUCCGAACGCCCGCUUCCUGAUCGCGCACAAGAAGAGCAUUCACGCGGAGUCGUUCAGGUCGUCGGCGAACAAGUGCGAGAUAUGCGACAAGCAGUUCGCGCACAGGAAGAGCUUGAUUUUGCACGUGAGAUCGCAUACCGGCGAGAAUACGGUGCUGUGCGACAUGUGCGGGAAGAGCUUGUCGAGCACCGAACACCUGAAGCAGCACCUGCGCAUCCACACCGGUUACAAGCCGCACGCGUGCCCGGUCUGCGGGAAGGGUUUCGCGAAGAAGAGCAAUCUCACGCUGCACGAGCGCGUGCACAGCGGCGAAAAGCCGUACAUUUGCAGGGAGUGCGGGAAGUGCUUCUCGCAGCGUUCGACGCUGGUGAUUCACGAACGGUACCAUUCCGGCGAGCGGCCGUACAGUUGCCCCCUGUGCAGUAAGGGAUUCGUAGCCAAAGGUCUUUUGGGGGUUCACAUUAAGAGCUGUUCGAGAAUUUUAUUCGAUCCGAUCAGUGGGCUCGUAACGCAAACCGUCUACGAGUGCGAGGUGUGCACGCAAAUAUUUACGACAAAAAAAGAUUUCUUAACCCACCACAUCAACCAGUUUUCCGAUACGUUUCGUUGCUGUCGUUGCGAGGAGCAUUUCAAAACGACGACGGACCUGUAUAAUCAUUACGAGGUGCAUAAGGGCGGCGGAAGCGUCGUCGUCGAGAAGUUGGUCGACGUCGACUACAUGGAUAACACGGCCAACGAUCUUCUGUACAUUCUGGACAAUUCUCAGUGCAUUAACGAGGUUGUUAUUGAGGAUGAGGGUGAGGUUCGCGAGACCGAUUCCGAAACGUCUCCGGUUACGAAGCCGGACAGUGCCGAGGUGGUUACGGUGGAGCACGUCGAGCACGGCUACAUGUUGCCGAGCGUUUUUAAGGGCCAGUUGGAGAGUAAAAAGCGGUAUAAAAGGAGGGAUGAGGAUUUUCAGUCCGUUGUUCACAUCGGCGAGGAGGAGAGCGCGAUCGAGGCGAUUCUGACGACCGAGGCCACUUCGAGCAAGGCGACGAGCGCGUUACCCAAGGCCAGACCGAAGAGACGGCACGAGGUUCCCGAUUUUUCCGCCACCAACUACAUCAUGCUCAAUCCGACCGACGAGAUCGACAUCGUGCAUUACAAGUGCUUGCGUUGCGAGCAGCUGUUCAUUAGCAAGUUUGGAUUUUUCAGGCACAUAGAAAAGGGGAGGUGCUAUAUAAACAGCUGCGACGUGUGCAGCGCCUCCUUCAACAAGAAUAGCGAAUUUUACGAUCACUACAUGGCCGAGCAUACGGAUCGUGCGAUCUGCAACUUUUGUUUCCGAACGUUUAUGUACGAGAAGAACGUGAAGGAGCACAUGCUGAGGCAUCUCGACCAGUUUAGGCAUCGGUGCGAGCAGUGCAACAAGGGAUUCUACACCGUACGAGAGUAUCGGAAUCAUUACAAAAAUAGACACAUGGGCAUCAGACACAAGUGCGGGGUUUGCAGUCGAACCUUUGCGGACGAAUACUACUUUAAAAGACACGUGGCGACCCACGAGAAGGCCGUCUCUUCAAAAUCACCAGGACGACAUUUAAAGAGUAACAUAAACAUCAAGACCGAACAGUACUGGAGUAAAACCAUCGGGCGACCAUUCCGUAAAGGUCGCUCGCGCAACCGCGCUCACUUACAAGUUCCGAUCAAGGCCGAAACGUACCACGACGACCAAGCGAGCGCUGGGCGAAAGUCGAAGAACAGGAUGAUCAAGGAAGAGUACCUCGAGGAUGAGCUGAAUCAAAUGUUCAGCACGGACAAUGAAGAGGAAGAGCUGGAGGUGGUGUUCAAUGAUGGCAUCGAGGAGAAGAUGGAAAGUCUCUUCGCGCAUACCGAGUCGCCGACCGAGAGCACGUGUCUUUUAUGCAACAACGGAAAGGUGAUGAGCGCCGAGCAGCUGAAGAGACAUUACAAGCGCCAUCAGCAGAUACUGAUGCAUUUUGAUGACGACAAGACGAAGGUCGGCGAGUCGGUCGGUUUCUACUGUCACAUUUGUAAGGACGACCGCGCGAUGGCAAAGGGCGAAUUGAAGGAGCAUUACCUAACAAUUCACGACGUGGAGAUUACGAACAAUAAGAGAUUCUUCCGAAGGGCCCGCUCCAAACGCCCGCGUUCUCCGCGACCCGAAGUGUUCAGGUGCGAAAUCUGCUCCGAUGAGUUCUCGACCAAAUCCUUACUGGACGAGCACUUCGAGAAACACGACGAUCAGUACUCGUGCGACAUUUGCGAGAUGGGCUUUAAGAAGUUGAUCGACUACACCUUUCACAUGCAAGAACACAGUGACGAUAAGCUGUUCAAGUGCCCGCUGUGCGACUUCGCGACCGACAAGGGCCACCUGGUGAAAUCCCACCUGUACUCCGUGCACGACCAGUUUAAGAAAUACAAGUGCGAGCUGUGCGGCAAGGGUUUUGCGAUCUUCACCCACUUCCAGGAGCACAAGUACUUCCAUACCGGCGAAAAGCCGUUCCAGUGCAAGGAGUGCGGGCAAAAGUUCAUGUACACGCGAUACCUAAACUCGCACAUGGUGCAAAUGCACAAGCGAACACCGCAAGGGAUCCACUGCCCUAUUUGCAACAAGGUCUACUCUCACCGAAACAGCCUCAACACGCACAUGAAAUCCCACACGGGCUCCGUAUCGAUCUGCGACGUCUGCGGCAAAACGUUGAGCAGCAACGAAAAGUUACGCCUCCACUAUCGCAUCCAUACCGGAGAGAAGCCCUACAAGUGCGACUUCUGCCAGAAGCGCUUCAAGACCAGCUCGUACCGGGCCGAGCACGAGCGGAUUCACACCGGCGAGAAACCGUACGAGUGCCCUUUCUGCGGAAAAGGAUUCUCGCAGCGCACCAGCAUGGUGAUCCACACGCGCGGACAUACCGGCGAGAAACCCUACCUCUGCCAUCUGUGCAACAAGGCGUUCGCGGCCAGAUCGAUGGUAACGAUCCACCUCAAGUCAUGUAAAGGAGUCGUUCAAGUCACCGACGGAUUACACAAUUAGUACUAUCUUAAGCAUUUUACUUACAUGUAACUUCCACGAAUAAAAAUUUGUUUACAA